UUGAUUGCAUUCAGAUGUUGCAGCAACAGUGACGUGCUACUGCUAUGGGUCAUGUUGUAUGCAUCAUGAGGCUCCUUACUGAUCAAAACCGUCUGUAGGCGCUUAACCCCUCAAGCAGUAGGUAUAUAAUACAGCAUUCCCUUGCCCUCAGUCACACUCAAAAUCCCUAAUAGAACUGCAUCAGAGCCCCGUCCAAUCUCUCACGCUCAAUUAUGCUUCAUUUCACAAUUCCAGAUGGGGCAACCGGCCUGCGGGAAGUGCCACGGUCCCAGCUCGACCUCAGAACCGACGCAGAAAUCAUCUCCGAGCUCAGCACCUUCCGCCCCGUCACCUCCGAAAAGAACGUCUGGGCAUUCUGGGAUAAGGGCCUCGACGCCGUGUACCCCAGCUACAAAUGCACCGUUUUGAACUGGGUGCGCAAACUGGGUCCCGAAUGGACUGUCCGGCUGCUCGACCUCGUUGACGGCUCCCCAAACAACAUCUACAACUUCAUCAGCAAAGAUUGGUUGCCCGACUGCCUCGUCAAUAUGACCAUGGACGGAGCUCACAAGGCCCAGCAUGCGUCGGACCUCAUCCGGCUGCCGCUACUCUUCGAGCACGGUGGCGUAUGGAUGGACGUCGGUAACAUGCUGCAUACCCAUCUCGACGACCUCUUUUGGAACGCCCUUUCGGACCCUGAAUCUUCUUACGAAAUUGGUCUGUGGAUCAUCACCGGCCAGAUUAGGAAGACGUGGGGCAGCUUCGGCAACUUUAUGCUCGCUGCCAGAAAGGGCUCCAUCUUCAUCAAGAACUGGCAUUACGGCUUCAAGGAACUUUGGAAGGGCCAUAACAACGAACGCGGCUUCCACAAGCAUCCUCUGAUUCAGGAGAUUGGCGUCGCCGACGGUAUGGCUGACUGGAACUUCGAGGAGAAGGUCUUGGAGAUGAGCGACUACGUGGCCCAGAUGCUCAUAGGCGACCGUACCAGGAACCUCCUCGAUGUGGAGACAGGUUGGAACGGACGCGAGUUUUACGAGACAAAGGCUUUCAUGGUAGAAGGCAUCAGCAACGGCAUCCUCGGCGCGAUGAAGACGGACUACGACGGGGCGAAACAAAUUGACAUCUUCACGACGAGACUAGACGAGCCAGACGACAUCAGGAGGAAGGCCGCCGAGGAUUUCGUGAUUGACAUGCUGGAGAACAGCCAUAUGUACAAAGUGUACCACAACUCGGCCGGCGGGCUGCCUGCGCUGGGAGACUUGAUCAAGAAGGAGGGUCUUCGAGAUGCGGAUCACAGACCGGGGACCUUUGGGGAGCUUUACAGAUAUGGAACAGUGCAUUGGCGGUCUACAAGACAAGUGGAGCAACUUACGCCGCCUCCCAGUGAGGAGAAGCUGAUUCGAGCUACUCCAACAACGUCUUCGACAGCAAGGAGCUAGACGUAUAUAAUGGUCGUGUCUUUGAUAGAAUUUUCACACGGAAUUAGAGGUAUCUUUAGCCUUUGAAUCAAACAAAAUAGAGAGUUGGCCGACUUCU